AGAUGACAACGUUGAAUAUUGCGGAUGUGAAAUUACCCUGCUAAUAAGUAGACAAUAUGGCAUGAAGAAGAAAUACCUACAGAACUGAUUCGAGAGAGAUGGCAAGUGAAGUGUGCCAACCCCAUAGCGGUCACGUGAUUAACCAGCAUGGAAUGUCACGCCCGAACUCAAAUCGGUACAGCCUUGCUUUCAGUACCUCUAGACCAAAAACGGAUCAGCCGUCCAUUACACCACGUGACUUAGGAGACUGGACAGAUCAGGAAUCUUUGGACACAGAAAGGUCCAGUAUCUUACAAAGGCCGAUGACCGCUAGACCCAUAUCGAGAAGAAGUCGAACAUUUGUCACAACGGAUGAAGGUGGAUCUAAUAACACUUCAUAUCAUACUUUGGGAAAGAAUAUGAAAAAUGUACAAGGAACAAAUCCCACACAUGCACCGACUCUGAUAAAUAGUUAUUAUAACCACAGCCCUGGAUAUGAUUUUGAGAAGUUUAGCGGUAAUAUUCGAGACGACGAGGAAUACUACCUCGAUAUGGACCCAAUCGAAUACUUUUACAGUCCAGUGUUCGAUUUGUAUCCGUAUGGCUACAUACUGAAAAAUCAGUCAAAAACAGUUCAAACACCAAAGAAAUAUAGUAAUACCUAUCCAUCAACAGGAGAUAUUGAAAGCAAAGAAAAUCUAAAUGAUAAUUUUUUGACCACCAAGACAACAAAAGAGACAAGAGACUCAGAUCCAAGAACCCUUCAACCCGUGAAUAAUUUAUCCUUGAAAGCAAAUCCAUUUCCCCCACGCAGUCGUCUCCCCGUCCCUAUUGCGAAUCCCACGUUCAAGAAAGCAAUAUUUAAACAUGAUACCAGUCCAACUGUUCAAAGUAUCGAAUAUCGCAGGGAUUUGUUUGAACCGAAACAGAAAAUAACAAAGAUGGGUUCAUUAGCAAACAAUUCAUCAUUACUGUCACACGAAUAUCAAACAGAGCAAACAAAGGCGCCAAACAAGCGCGGGGACACGUUCUCCAACUCCAAAAUCAAUUACCUUGGCGCUAAAAGAAAACAAAAUGAUACAGUGGUGAAAUCGGGGUCGUCUAAUUCAAAGUUUGAAGUAGUUGAUAGAGACCCGGAUAACAGAACAAACAGCUUGAUUACUGGUGAUUUGGUUAAUCAGCCAACAAGAGACGACUCGAAUAAUCGCUUAAAGUCUCGCGAAAAGUGUUCGUAUAACAGAUUACGGGAGUAUUCCCAUAACUCGCCUAAUUACAGUGUAUCUAAAAAGCCCUCAGAAUUGAACAUUGAAAGAUCUCCGGUGAACGGAAAACAAUCAGUAAAGUACCUUGGCAACCGAGAAAGAAGUCACAAGUUCAGUGAGAAAUGGACUACGUCUGGUCGUAUGUUGGAUAGUCAUUCGAUUCUGACAAAACACAAAUCAAAUGUAACGAACCAGCAACCUCUGUUUAGACCCAAAGCACCGGAAGUUCCGAAUCAAAUUCAGUCACGUGAUCAGAAUGCAACCAGAAGACCUCUUUCCGAGGAUAUAAACAGUGUGAUCGCGAAGGAAAAUAAUUCAUCAGAAGUUAAAGCAGACAGACUUCAGAAUUCUCCUUUCGUUGGGAAAUCCAAGCACCCUUAUUUGAGAACAGGAAAACAACUGAGUCUGCCGAAGAUUCGGCCACAGACGGAAAAACCCCCAUUGUUAGAAGUCAGACCCCCUAACUCACCUCCCAGAAAACUGAAACCAAUUUUGGUCAAAUUUGAUAACAUGCAUUUUUGAAGAAAAAAGAAAUCAGUCAUUAACAUUUUUAUUGUUGUGCUGCAGACAUUUACUGCUGUGCGUGUUUUUUUUUAAAUUUUUUUAACAAUUUCGCUGAAUUCUUUGAACUUGGAGACAAUGCAUUGAUUUUA